GCCCGCCCCUGAGUGUGGAGCAGCGGCAGCAGCGGUGAAGCCUCGCCGCCUCUCAGUGCGGGAAUAUCAGCAGCGGAGAGCACAAUGGACACGGAAGGGAGCCAGAGCAGCCUGUCCUCCGGCACGGAUAACUCCCCUCAUGACCCCUGCAAAAUGUUCGUCGGGGGUCUGAGUUGGCAGACGACACAAGAGGGAUUGCGCGAGUACUUCGGUAAAUUUGGGGAGGUGAAGGAGUGCAUGGUGAUGCGGGAUCCCGUCACCAAGCGGUCGAGGGGGUUUGGGUUUGUGACAUACGCAGAUCAAGCCGGUGUGGAAAAGGUUCUGGCGCAAAACAGACACGAACUGGACUCCAAAACGAUUGACCCAAAGGUGGCGUUUCCCAGGCGAGCUCAGCCUAAGCUGGUUACCAGGACAAAGAAGAUCUUUGUUGGAGGGCUGUCCGUAAAUACCACCAUCGAAGACGUGAAGCAAUACUUUGAUCAGUUCGGAAAGGUCGAUGACGCCAUGCUCAUGUUCGACAAAACAACCAACAGACACAGAGGUUUUGGCUUUGUCACCUUUGAGAAUGAAGACGUGGUGGAGAAAGUGUGCGAGAUCCACUUCCACGAGAUCAACAACAAAAUGGUGGAGUGUAAGAAAGCCCAGCCCAAGGAGGUGAUGACACCGACGAGCUCAGCCAGAGGCCGCUCGAGAGUGAUGCCCUACGGGAUGGACACGUUCAUGCUGGGCAUUGGCAUGUUAGGCUAUCCAGGUUUUCAGACUACUACUUACACCAGCCGCAGUUACUCUGGACUAGCACCUGGAUACACGUACCAGUUACCAGAGUUCCACAUAGAGCGGACUCCCCUUCUGACGUCGUCUCACCCCCCUGAACUGGCAGCCAUUCCCCUCACUGCUUAUGGACCAAUGGCAGCUGCAGCAGCAGUAGUCAGAGGCUCCGCUCCAUCACGCACAGCUGGCUUCCUGGGCACCAGCAGCCCCGGACCAAUGGCUGACCUGUAUGCUGCAGCCAAUCAGGACUCAGGAGUCAGCAGCUACAUCAGCGCUGCUAGCCCUGCACCUAGCACAGGGUUCGGUCACGGUUUAGGGGGUCCUCUGAUUGCUACUGCAUUCACUAAUGGCUACCACUGAGAAGACUCCGGUCACUGAGGAUUGGAGGACGUCUCUCCUCUCUGUCGGGCCAAUCAGAACUCUGGCUGCCCACUCGAUGGCACGGUCCGACUGGCCGCCCACAAGCUCUUCUGGCUCCACGUGGCUCCACCCACCGACUGAAUAUCUUUUUUAAACCAAUACUCGUUUUGCUGUACUAAUCUCACUUCAACAUAACGUCCCCGUUUCUCCCCCUUUUGUCUUCAUGUAGUGUAACGCCUAGACCCCGCCCCCCCUCCUCCAUCCGUUAACCAUUUCCUUUUUUCUUCUGGAGUUGACGGAAGAAAAGUGCAAGAAAAAAAAAAAUCCUGUUUGUCAUCUUCACGCGAGACAAAGAGGACUGUUUUAAUUAUUAUUUUUUUUUUUAAAGUUUCACAAAAGCUGGUAUGAAUGUGAACCGAGAAAAAACACGUGAGAUGGGUUGUCUGUAAAAAAACAAACACACACAAAAACAGUUUUUAGCGAAGGAAGAACAAAUCCAACAAAGUCCUUUUUUACUCUCAAGUGUGACGGAAACAUUGAGAAACACAAAAAAAUGUAUAUUUUGGUAGUCUUUAAAAACAAAACCUUUGUAAUAUUAUUAAUAUUGACUUAAUAAUGAUAAUCUGUAAGGUAUUUUCUUCUGUAAUUGGUUUUAAAGCAAUGUUUUUAUGUCUUCCUGUAAGAUAUUGUAUAUAGACGCAGGGGAGGUGGGGGUUGCCGUACCUGCUGGCAUGUCAUUGGUUGGUUUAACAGCGAUUUGACUGGAUGUCACUUCCUGCUGUCUGCGCUCGUCUCACUACUUUAGCAGUGCGUGUACAGAACACGUGCACACUGCGGGCCAGUCCUCUUCGGCGCUCUUCAGUACAUUUCCAGACGUUUGUCAGGUCCUCACCUAACUACCUGUUAUGUAACGAACACCUUUUCCUUCUUUAAAAAACAAGUUUUGCAUCUUCACGAAAACCUUUUACAAACACGACGGACUCGAGGAAGAACCUCGAGCAGGAGAAAGUGGGAUUUCGUGAGUUUUGGGAGCCGCCCUUUUCAAACACGUUCUUUU